AGCAUGGAGGGGUGGCUUCCAGAGCGCGGACGGUUGGCGGCGGGGCUGCUAGUAAACUUAGUGGCGUCUAUUUGCAUCGUCUUCCUGAACAAGUGGCUGUACGUGCGAAUGGGCUUCCCCAAUCUCAGCCUCACGCUGGUGCACUUCGCCGUCACCUGGCUGGGGCUAUAUGUGUGCCAGUCGCUGGGCGUCUUCGCCCCCAAAAGCUUGCGGCCGCGCCAAAUCCUCUCCCUAGCGCUCAGCUUCUGUGGCUUCGUGGUCUUCACCAACCUCUCUCUGCAGAACAAUACGGUCGGCACUUACCAGCUGGCCAAGGCCAUGACCACACCGGUCAUCGUGCUCAUCCAGAGUGUGGCCUACGGCAAGACCUUUACCACCCGCAUCAAGCUCACUUUGAUUCCUAUCACUUUAGGUGUUUUUUUAAAUUCCUAUUAUGACAUGAAAUUUAGUUUUCUUGGAAUGACAUUUGCUGCUCUUGGUGUUAUAGUGACAUCUCUUUAUCAAGUGUGGGUAGGAGCAAAGCAACAUGAACUACAGGUAAAUUCCAUGCAGCUACUAUACUAUCAAGCACCAAUGUCAUGUGGCAUGUUGCUGUGUGUUGUACCCUUCUUUGAACCAGUCUUUGGAGAAGGUGGAAUUUUUGGCCCCUGGACUUUCUCUGCUAUGUCUAUGGUGCUGGUCUCUGGAAUAAUAGCAUUUAUGGUGAACUUGUCUAUUUACUGGAUUAUUGGGAAUACUUCACCAGUGACAUACAACAUGUUUGGACACUUCAAAUUCUGCAUCACUCUCAUGGGAGGAUAUCUCUUAUUUAAGGAUCCUUUGUCAAUUAAUCAAGGCCUUGGAAUUACAUGCACAUUGUUUGGCAUUCUAGCUUACACACACUUCAAACUUAGUGAACAAGAUGGGAACAAAAGCAAGCUGGUUCAACGUCCGUAAAUUAAGUAUUUUUGUUGAUAACAAAUGAAUUACUUUAAAAUGCACUGAUUCCAAAAGCAAUGCACUGUCUAUGGAUGAAUCUAAAAUUGUCCAUCUCCCAGCAGAGUGGACCCUCCCGAGCAGAGCAGAUAUGCUCUCCCCUAUAGCUGCCAUGCACUGCCUCCUUCUACGCUGGCCAGUUGGGGUAUGGAUUGGAUUACAUUGAGGGGUCACAGGAUUCAGUAGAAAGAAAAGUAUAGUAAAGAAGACUGGUAGAUAAUGGGUGUCUGCUA